CUCACUCUAACGUCUUCGAGUAAAAGAAAGAAAAAUAUCGGCCUCUUUGGUCUUUUACUUGUAUCUCUCACUCUGGUCUCUCUUUCUCUCUCCUCCCUCGCCUGUUUCUCCGUCUCUCUCUUUCAUAUCUCAAGUAUCAGCAGGUAGCUUUCAUCCAUACCAGGACUAGGUGUUUCAUUUCUACUCGAUCUUUACAAUGGAAGGAGGAGGUGAUUUGGAUUACCAAAUUGAGAAGUUGCUGAAUGUAGAGAAGCAGAUGAGGCUUGCUGGUGAUGUAGCAGGAACCAAGAAGGCCGCCAUUGACAUUCUUGAUCUCUGCUUUAAAGCGGGUGCGUGGAAGACUCUCAAUGAUCAGAUUGUUGUAUUAUCCAAACGUCGUGGUCAGCUCAAGCAGGCUGUAACUGCAAUGGUCCAACAAGCGAUGCAAUACAUUGAUCAGACACCGGAUAUUGAAACUCGUGUAGAGCUUAUUAAAACACUGAAUAAUGUUUCUGCUGGGAAGAUAUAUGUUGAAAUUGAGAGAGCUCGGUUAAUCAAGAGACUUGCAAAGAUUAAGGAAGAGCAAGGGCUUAUUGCUGAAGCUGCUGAUUUGAUGCAAGAAAUUGCGGUGGAAACUUUUGGUGCCAUGGCAAAAACUGAGAAGAUUGCUUUCAUUCUUGAACAAGUUCGGUUGUGCUUAGAUCGUCAGGAUUAUGUUCGUGCUCAAAUACUCUCAAGGAAGAUUAGUCCCAGAGUUUUUGAUGUUGAUGCUUCAAAAGAAAAGAAAAAACCUAAAGAAGGUGACAAUGUUGUUGAAGAAGCUCCUGCUGAUAUACCAUCACUCUUGGAGUUGAAGCGGAUCUACUAUGAAUUAAUGAUACGGUAUUACUUUCACACCAAUGAUUACCUUGAGAUUUGCCGUUGCUACAAGGCGAUAUACGAUAUUCCUUCUGUUAACGAGAAUCCAGCCCAGUGGAUACCGGUCUUGAGGAAAAUCUGUUGGUACUUGGUUCUGGCUCCAUACGAUUCAAUGCAGUCAAGCCUUCUCAAUUCCAUAUUGGAGGAUAAGAAUCUUUCUGAACUUCCAUAUUUUAGGUUGCUGUUGAAACAGGUGGUAACUAUGGAGGUCAUACAAUGGACCACUCUUUGGAAUACAUACAAGGAUGAGUUUGAGAGUGAGAAGAAUAUGCUUGGAGGCUCUUUGGGUGACAAAGCAGCUGAAGAUCUGAGACAGAGGAUUAUUGAACAUAACAUACUUGUUGUUUCAAAGAACUACUCGAGAAUUACCUUGAAAAGACUUGCAGAGUUGCUGUGUCUGAGUAUCCAGGAAGCUGAGAAGCAUCUGUCGGAUAUGGUUGUGUCCAAGGCACUAGUGGCCAAGAUUGACAGGCCAGUAGGAAUAGUCUGUUUCCAAACUGCAAAGGAUAGCAACAAUGUUCUGAAUACGUGGGCUAUGAACUUGGAGAAACUGCUUGAUCUUGUUGAGAAGAGCUGCCACCAAAUACACAAAGAAACCAUGGUACACAAGGCUUCUCUGAAGGUUUGAGAAGAUUCAGUAUCACAAAAUUUCCGGUAGGCCCUAAUUUUGUUUCGUGGACUAAAGCAACUUUCAGAUUCAAGCAUUUGGAGUAAAUCUUCGUUUGAUAGGGGGCAGAUCAGGCAUGUGUACCAAGUUGUUUUUUAUUAGCGUUAUGCGUCUUUAAACUAGAAGAUUGUUGUAAACUACCAGCACAUACUUUGCUAGUAGGUAAUGAAAGCAAAACCUUGGAUGGUAUUCGUUUUUUGCUCUGGGAAGAAAACGAGUGUUUCACUUCA